AUGCCCAUGCCUUUCAACGAUGUGCAUAGAAAGCUAGGAGCUGAAGCGAUUCCUUUUUCCGACGACUCCCUGCGGGCUGGAUAUCCGCAUCAAAGUCAUUCGGAAUCGCACAAAUGGACCCGUUCUCAUGCAUCACUCUUCGAUGUUUCGGACAUGGUCCAACAUACCAUCUCCGGCCCCCUAGCUGAGGAAUUCCUCAUGACUGUCACACCCGGUGGGAUCAACAAGCUCGCCAAACACUCGUCAAUACUGUCUUGCCUCCUCUCAGUAGAGGGCGGAAUGGUGGACGACGUCGUCAUCACACGUCUUGGUAAAGCGUCCUUCUACUUGGUGACGAACUCAAGGUGCCACGAUUCCGAUCUAUCUUUCCUACGAUCCCAGCUGUCUCGAUUCAUCUCCUCAGAAUGCGCAACCAAGAAAGCCAUUGAUUGGAAUGUGCUUGAAAACUACUCCCUUCUGUCUAUACAAGGGCCCUUGUCUUCUGCAAUACUUCAGUCAAUGAUUUUCUCUGACGGGGACGGUCCGGAGCCAGACUCAUCCCUUUCAACCCUGUAUUUCGGUCACUCGCGCUGGCUUCAACUUCACCUUCGCAUGGAGGGUUUUACCACACCUUCUCUUCUAGUGUCCCGCACUGGUCACACCGGCGAAGAUGGAUUUGAGAUAUCAAUCCCUCCUGAAAGGGGCCCUGGUCCCGCACUAGUUACAUCCAUCGCUAACGCCAUUACAUCUGACCCUCAGGCGUGCCGCUCGGCGAGCUUGAGAGUGAAGGACUCUUUGCGUCUUGAGGCUGGAUUGUGUCUGUACGGAGAUGAUAUCGACCCUGCGACUACGCCUCCUCAAGCUGGGCUGAGCUGGAUGAUACCCGAAGACCGUCGAUUAGAUCAUUCCCCAGCAUUCAAUGGGCAUGAGGUUAUAGUCUCCCAGCUCUCUAGACCGGAUACCAUCUCCGCGCAGCGAGUUGGCUUGGUUGUGGAACCGGGCCUUGCGGCGCGAGAAGGGGCAAAAAUUGUUGAUCUGGACGAUCCACGAGAGGUGAUCGGGAAGGUCACAUGCGGAGGACCGAGUCCGAGCUUGGGAGGAGUCAACAUCGCGAUGGGAAUAGUGAGGCUAGGGUGGAAUAUAAUAGGGAUCAAAAUAGGAAUUAGGGUCCGCGGGAAAACCAGAGUAGCGGAGGUGGUUGAUAUGCCAUUUGUGGAAAACAGCCUCUACUUAGGUGGCGAGGGCAAUGCUUUCAUGGGAGGUGUUGGCAAACUACAAUCGAGGGAGAACGUCAGACAAACAUAUGACUUUGUCGUUGGCUUUCAAAGUCUCACACCGAGACUCGAGGUUUGGGGUGGCAGAGGGGGAGGGACGAACAGAGAAGCAUGA